AAAUUUAUUUUCGUCUUUUAAGCAAAAAAUGAUAAAUAGUUGGCCAAAACUAUAAUUAAUAAAUUAAGAAAACGCCCAAUCACUUCGUUACCGGGGUCGAUUACGAAGAAAGGAAGCUCUUUUACUUUCUCGUGGCAACGAUCUCAUCAACGUGUCACAAAACUCAAAUCUCUUACUCCGGCGAACGAUGUACCGAACGGCGGCGAAGCGUCUUCUCGCCGGCGGUGGAUUCACAACCACCCGUAUCCUCCGAUAUCCGAAGCUCAGGUCAACAAUCAUCCCUUCCUCUUACACUUCCGGUCUCUGCACUUCGUCGAUGGGUGGUGGUAAUACUGAAUCGCCAAUGGGUAAUCAAUCUGUGAACCCUAAUCAAUCGGGUCCAACGGCGGGUACAGGGGAAGGACAACGUCGACAUGAGAGCAGGAAGCCGAGAGCUGAGUUCCAAGAAGAGCAGGCUCGUGUUCUCUCUGCGUCUCUCCGUCACGUGCCGAGAUUAGGUUGGACGGAAGAAGCGAUGAUGGCUGGUUCAAGGGAUGUUGGUGUGUCUCCUUCCAUUGUUGGGUCUUUCUCCAGGAAAGAAGCUGCACUUGUUGAGUUCUUCAUGGAUGAAUGCCUUCAAUUGCUUAUGGAUAGGAUAGACUCUGGAUUGGAUUUACAAAACUUGAUCCCAAGUGAACGUAUUGCCAAGCUCAUUAGAAUUCGCCUAGAAAUGCAAGUCCCUUACAUGUCAAAAUGGCCCCAGGCUCUUAGCAUCCAAGCGCAUCCUCUGAAUGUCCCAACGAGUUUUAAGCAACGGGCAAUGUUAGUUGAUGAGAUAUGGCAUGCUGUUGGAGAUGGAGCCUCGGAUUUAGAUUGGUAUGUCAAGCGCACUAUUCUUGGAGGCGUUUACUCAACUACCGAGAUUUACAUGCUCACCGAUAACUCCUUAGAACAUCGCGAUACAUGGACAUUCUUGAAUGACAGAGUCAAAGAUGCUUUUGAUCUGAAGAAGAGUAUACAAGAGGCCAAGUAUUUUGCAGAAGACAUAGGAGCUGGAGUUGGGAAAUCGGUUCAAGGACUGAUGAAUGGAGUUAUGCAGACCAUGUCCAGAAGGAGUGGUGGCUCUGCGUUUUGAGAAGAUCACACCUUAACACAUGAUUCUGCUUCACUCCUUAAGGAUUCUCCAAUAUUUUGAGUUGGGAUAUGCUAUAAUAAUAAUGAGAUUAGACUAUAUGACUUGAAGUGAAGGCAUAUGAACUAUAUAUUAUCAUCUACGUUUGAAUAAACCAUUGAGUUUGAAAUCUUUAAUUUGUAAAUGUGGAUGAAAUCUGUGCUGUGUUUGGUUAUUCUGUGAGUAAACAGAGUUGGAAACUUUUAAUCUUGGUACACUUCAAUUUGGUAUGGUGUUUAUUGUUCGAAACAAACAUAUGGGGGUUUAUUGUAAUAAUAAAAGCUGUGGUCCCGUGUA